UUUUAAAAAAACGUUAUGGAGCAUAUUGGAGGAUACCGCAAUGAAAGGAUAGAAGAAUGGAUGGAACAGCAGGAGGUCAGCUCGUUUGAGUCUUUCUGUGGUUGCUGUGAUCCCCAAACAGUGAAGAGGCGUAGAGCAAGAUACGUUUUAUUCAAACAACUUGUACUGGAAGAAAUUGAGAAACGUUCUCGAAAAUAUGAAGAUAAGUUGCUACCAGAGGAGAAAGAAGCAAUUGAAGAAGUAAAGGAAAAGUUCUCAAGAGGAAAUUAUAGCAAGAUUAAAGUCUCACGUAAUCACGUGGGAACGUUCUACACUCCCAUAACACUAAUACUAUCUACAAUCCACCCAGGAGAGAUGCUCCCUCUACUCUUUCCAACAUGUUACACACUCUACUGGACAAUAAAAACAUUACGAAUGCAGGAUCAGAGCUGUGCUUGCUUAAUGUACACAUUACUUCCUAUCACUCUCUUUCUGAUGGUGUUUGUAGAGCUUGCUUUGCUAGCAAUAAGCAUUGUCUUCUGCUAUGGGUUCUAUUUUCUCUCUAGUUAUGGUGUUCUCCAUUACACAUUUCAGAUAUCUCUGAUAGAGCAAGAUUUUGGCAUAUUUAAAAAGGCACAUAAAGACACAGUUAGACGCACCAUUCGUCAUGCACCAUUUCGACGUCUGUACAGUCGACCGAUUUUCAACAUAUUUCAAGACAUGGAAAUAGUGACUUAUGAUUUUGGUGAAAUAAAUGGACAGCUGGUGACACAGGAUGGGAUUAAUAGCUACAAUCGGUACUAUGUACACUAUGGUGACUAAAAAGAGACUCAACAUGUGUAUACUUACACAUCACAUGAUAUUAUACAAUUGCAUGCAGUAGUAGCCUACACAUUCAUUUAUUAGUUAAUAGUGUAUAACUGUUUACUGUUUAGUAUUACUGUUAUUUCAUUUAGUAAAGA